AUGGCAGAAUCAAACGAAUUCGUUCCAGUACUUUCCCUAAAUUCUAUUGAUCAAGUUCAAUUAAAGCGAUACAAAACUUUAAUUGAAAAAUUUGUAACUUUAUAUAAUGAAUCACCAGAUUUUAUUGCACGAGCACCAGGUCGAGUUAAUCUUAUUGGUGAGCACAUUGACUACGCAGGCUUUGGUGUUUUGCCAAUGGCUAUUAGUCAUGAUGUGAUUAUUGCAGUUAGUUUUUCAAAUAAAAAAAGUCAUACAAAUGUCAGAAUAUCUAAUGUUGAUGAAAAGUAUAAACAAAAGUGUUGGAAUUUCGAAGGAAAAGACAAGAUUGUUGAAAUUAUUGUUGAAGAGGGUGUAUCUGAAUGGAGUAAUUAUUUUAAGUGUGGUUAUAAAGGUAUCCUUCGACAUCUUGGAAUUGAAAAUCCCGUCGGAAUGGAUUGUUUAGUAGAUGGAAUUGUACCCAUAGGCGCUGGGUUAUCUAGUUCAUCAUCAUUUGUUUGUUGUGCUGCUUUGGUGACAAGCCUUGCUAAUAAUGCAAUAUUAACAAAAAAACAAAUUACUGAAAUAUCUAUUGAGUGUGAAAGAUUCGCUGGAAUGAACUCUGGAGGAAUGGAUCAAACUGCUUCAAUAUUUUCGCAGUCCGGACAUGCACUCUACGUUGAAUUUUUACCAACACUUAAUGCCACUCCAACGAAAUUACCAACAACCAAUCCACCAAUCACAUUUGUUGUGGCAAAUUCUCUUGUUAAGGCUGACAAAGUUGUCACAGCUCCAAUUCAUUAUAAUCUUCGUGUUGUAGAGACUAAGCUUGCUGCUUAUCAUUUAGGUCAAUUAUUAUUUGGAGAGGGUUGUGAAAAUUUAAAACAUGUUUAUGAUUUAUAUUCAAAAUCUACAAAGGUAACAAUCGAUAACUUGAAAAAACUUUCUGAAUAUGUUGAUCAAGUUUACGAAAAGAAACAGGAAGGUUAUACGCUAGAAGAAUUAUCAAAUAUGUUAAAAUUAUCUUCCACAGAAAUUCAUAAUAGGUUCAUAGAAAAAUUUCCUGUACGUGCCGAAAAGUUUCAUUUGUAUAAGCGUUCAAAACAUGUUUUUGAAGAAUCUU